AGAUUGACUUAUUUUUAAGUCAUGAAAGUUUUAUUUUUUAGGACAUGAAUUAUAGUAUGUCACAUUCAUUGCAUCACAAACCUCAAGUAAGCUCACAUGAAAAACACUGUCAUGUAAUAGAUGUACAGAUUGAGCGAAUGCUGAGAUUUUGACUAGAUGAGGCUGAAGCCUCAGAGGUCACUGAAGUUUCUGCAUGUUGUCCAUCCUCAUCCUUCACAUCCCAGCAUAGGAUAGCCUCACUUUUUGCAUGCCCUGACUCCUCCCCCUCCAUGCCUUUGGCUCCUCCCACCCCUGAAAUUCGCUUGCGAAAACUGGUUGAUGAGAGGGAAAACUUAAUAGAGCAGGUUAAGAGAUUGAAAGGGCAGCUUGAGCAGAAGAAACAGAAGAAUGGUAUGGAGGAUUCGUCCAGCCCAGAGGGAGAUGUGCUGGAGAACGGUGCUGACUCCAACAUCAUGGAUAUACAGAGUAAGAAACUGCUUGCACUCGGGGAUGCGAACAGACAAAUCAAUGACCUCAAAUUUAAGCUUGUCAAAUCAGAGCAAGAAGUCACAGCACUUGAACAGAAUGUCACAAGGCUCGAGGGUCAUGUGACCCGUUACAAAUCUGCAUCUGAAAAUGCAGAGAAGGUGGAGGACGAACUCAAAGCUGAAAAACGCAAACUGCAGCGAGAGUUGCGCUCUGCACUGGACAAGAUUGAAGAGUUGGAGUCCAGUAACAGCCACCUCUCGAAAAGGCUGGAGAAGAUGAAGAGUGGCCGGGGAACAGCAGCAACUCCCUAAUGGUUUCAGAUCUAUCCCAUCAUCUGCCAGAAUUCACCUCCGCUGCCUGUAUAUUUCCCAUCAUUCUGCACCUUAAGCAAAGUUGAUAAAACUAUAAACAAGUCCAUGAGAACCCUGCUACGUUAUAUCCUGCAACCGUGCCAUUUCUUCCUGUUUAUCCAUUUAGGUUGAGUUCUUCAUCUUUGGAGAACCCAAUCAGGACUUUCGAAGGAUGCAGAAGGACUCUUAGUGUGCCUCAUUCAAAAGCACAAACACUGUAGUUCAAAAAGUUAGAAUGGUAAUGAUCACGUGAAUGUUGCUGAAUUGAUUUGAGCGUUACGUGCAAGGCUGCCUGAGAUUAUUUGGAGAAGGAUCUGAAAAGAUACUCUAUGGAAUUCGGAAUGUGAAGAUCAGGACAUGUUGUCCAGCUCUAGGAAGUCUGUAUAGCCAUUUGUUUGGUUAAAGACACUUGUUGCUUCACUAAGACAAGACAGAUGAGUAUGUACGAUUGUGUGUUUGAUGCUUUCAUGUGUUCCACUCGCAAAUAUAUUUUAUUAACACUGUUGAGUAGUCUAGAUCUUCCUUAUGUAUCUGAAGCCAAAGGUUCUGAAGUAAUAUUGAGGUCUCGCAGCUGUCUCUUGCAAUCUGUGUUCUUUUAAUUAUUUUUUUCCUCUAAUGAAUUGUCUAUAAUGGUCUUCCUAACAUGCUCACAGACCAGUGUGACAACGGAGGAUGAAUACUGAUUCUUAGUGAAUUUUGUUGUUGCAUUGACGCUGACAAUUCAACCACCUACCUGAACCACAUAAAUCAGGAAGUUGUACAAGGAUUUCAGGCUAAGCAGCAACUUCUGGUGUUGUUGCCUUUGACAAGAUUUAACAUUAACGACCUCCAGGUGAUGAAAAAGCCUGGAAGAUUCAGAACGGUCUCAUCCUGUCCAAACCAAUUAUGAGGAAUGAUGUGAUCAGAAGCAUUAAUUGUUGAAGACUGUUGUGAUCACAAGCACCAUUUAUUAUCACCAGCCUGGAUGAGAGGCGGCUCCACCCUGUUUACAAUGCUUUAAACCAUUUGUAGGUUAACUUUAUGAAAACUGUAUGAAUUAUGAUCUGCAAUAAAAUGUCCAUUUUAAUUUAAAAAAAAAAGUUGUUUGU